AUGUUUUUCUCAACUCGAACUCUUACAGCCAUUGCGGCCGGCCUGAUUACUCUCCCCUCUGUCGCUUAUGCCCAAUGCCUUGCUAUCCGUACUUACCAACACUCGAGGCCUCUUAUGAACGAUGUCUUGACCAUGGAGUUCUGGAAUGAUGGUCAAAAGGUUUGCCAUCAACGCGCCUCGGAAUUCUUCGCCGAUAAUGAAGAUUACUACCAAUGGGAUUGCACCGAUCUCUUUGUUCCGGAGUACAAAUGGCGCAUUCAAUCUAGGGAAAAUGGAAAACAAGUCCAUGUUCAAGAGAUCAAUGGCGCUGGCGAGGUCACUAUCGAUUAUGAAAUGACCAUGCAGGAAACAAAGACGUGGACUGCGUGUGGAGUGAUGGGUGACACUGCAUGCAAGCUGGAAGAUACCUAUUUCGAAUCUUGUUCUUGGACAUCUGAUCUCUGUGUUGAAGGCGUUCACACUUGCACGCUUUGCGAUGGCAAGGCCACCUGCGACGUUCCUCCCUAA